CACCGGACCGUCCCAUCUCCCGUGCGGCUGGACCGCUGGAGUGCCACCUUUCCCCUUCCCCUCGCUCUCCCGGGUCCCCUCCUCUACCCUGCCGCCGUGCCGUACUUCUCCUCGGCGGCUCCCAGUCCCAGUCGCUUCCCCGCCCGCUCACCACAGCGGCUCCCAGUAAGCCCCCCUAGCCACCCCCGACGGCGGUUCCCAAAUCCCAAUACCCACCCCACCAACAAACCCAUCCGCAUCCCCCUCGCGUCGCCCCCCCAUCGCCGUCCCAGUUCAACCUCAUCGCGUACCCGCCGUCCGCACCCCGUCCACAAUUUCGGCCAUCGGAUUCCGAGAGAUUGUUUUUGGUGCGGUCGAUCGAGACCGAAAUCUGAGUUUGCUUGGCGGAGCCUGGUGAGGUCCUAUGCUGCCUUCCCAGGAUGAAAGGCGGUGUUCUGCAUAGGCUCCUUGUCAACAAGCUAUGCUUGGGCCUUCUGUUAGUUCUCCUCGUUGUGCCGAUUGUCAUUUUGUUGCUGGGCACAACUCCAGAACAGCUGAAAGUUCUCUCCCAAGGUUUCCUACAGCAGCAUGAACUGGAACAUAUUGGGGGUAAUGUAUCAGCUCUAGUUGAGCCUGCAGGUCCAGCUUAUAACGACGACACUCACACGAGUAUAACCAGACGGAACAAAUGGAACAAAGAUUGUAACUAUGCAAAGGGUAAGUGGGUAGCAGAUGAGAAACGGCCACUCUAUUCAGGUAAUGAGUGCAAGCAAUGGCUGUCAAAAAUGUGGGCUUGUCGAAUGAUGCAACGCACGGAUUUCUUCUAUGAGAGUUACCGGUGGCAGCCGCACGGUUGUGAGAUGCCUGAGUUUUCAGGGCCUAACUUGUUGAGCAGGCUGAGGCAUAAAACUCUUGCUUUUGUGGGUGAUUCCCUCGGGAGACAGCAAUUUCAGUCCAUCAUGUGUAUAGCAACAAGUGGUAAAUACAGCCCAGAUGUUGAAGAUGUUGGUUGGAAAUAUGGCCUUGUCAAAGCUCCAGGUGCUUUAAGACCUGAUGGGUGGGCUUAUCGAUUUCCAGAGACUAACACCACUAUCCUUUACUACUGGUCUGCUAGCCUAUCUGAAUUGGAACCUUUGAACACAACAAAAUCAGUAACUAGCUAUGCGUUGCAUCUUGAUCGGCCUGUAACAUUCCUGAAGAAGUAUUUCCAUGGUUUUGAUGUUCUAGUACUUAACACAGGUCAUCACUGGAACAGAGGGAAAUUCAAUGGAAAUCACUGGGAAUUGUAUGCCAAUGGGGAGCCUGUAGGGAAAGGUAGACUUGCAGAUCUCAACCGUGCAAAGAAUCUUACACUGUAUAGCAUUGCCAGGUGGGUGGAUUCAGAACUCGCAAGCCGUCCUCAGAUGAAAGCUUUUCUGAGGACAAUGUCACCGAGGCAUUUUGUAAAUGGCGAUUGGAACACUGGUGGAAGUUGUGGUAAUAGCGUUCCCUUUUCUAAUGGAAGCGAGGUCUUGCAGGAUCAUUCAAGUGACUUGCCUGCAGAGUUUGCUGUAAAUGGAACUCAGGUUAAGCUUUUGGAUAUUACUGCUAUCUCACAACUACGAGAUGAGGGGCAUAUCUCAAAUCGUACUUUCAGAGCUCCAACAGGCAUUCAUGAUUGCUUGCACUGGUGCCUUCCUGGUAUACCAGAUAUGUGGAAUGAGCUCCUCUUUGCACAGAUUUAGUACCUUUAUACUGCAGUAAGGGCAUUUUUCUCCCAGAGGCCCAAGAAUCUAUUAGUGUUCCUGCUGGUGGUCUGUACAGGGUGAACUGCUUUCUACCAGUGUUAUUUGUGAACCAUCCAUGCGCAGGCGGUGUUUUUGGUCAUCCAUCCAUGCCUAGGUGGUUAAAGGUGUCAAGAUGAUAGCAUUCUUUCCAGUGUAUUUCUUUUCAGAUCUUAGCCCUGUUUCAGACCAGAUGCGGAAUUAGCUGCUACAGAGCCAUAUGUAGUGCUCCCCAGCCCCAAGGCACGUCAAACCUUUUUCUUUUCUGUAAAAUGCCACUAUAAUUCCAGUUUACAAUGUGCAGCAUAUAUUCUGUAAAAAUGUUCAUACAAGUUGACCAAACUGCUAUAUCUUCUUUUAGAUUAUAUAUAUAAAGUGGAACUUUUGGUUGA